AUGUCGAAUUUUGACCAGAAUCCACCGCAAGAAAGCAGAAUCAUAAUCCCGACAGCGGUUGCCAUCGACAAAGACAAGAACAGUCAAUUUGCCGUGAAGUGGGCUAUCGACAAAUUGAGAUUGAAGGAUAAACAGAUCAUCCUCGUACACGUUCGAACCCAUUACAGUCUUGAUUCUUCCGCUCCUAAAGAAGGCCGCGAACCUACUCAAGCUGAAACACAGCAGUUGUUUCUUCCUUACCGUAGUUUCUGUGCACGAAAAGGGAUUCGUGCGAAGGAGGUGAUUUUACAAGACCACGACGUGGCAAGAGGGCUUGCUGAGUAUAUCAGCAUAAGCUCGAUUACUACAAUUGUCCUUGGCUCGUCGAGCCGUGGAGCAAUAGUGAGGGCAUUUAAGAAUGCAGAUGUUCCCAGCUCAGUGGGAAAAUACGCACCAGAUUGUUGCACGGUGUUUGUCGUGUCGAAGGGCAAAGUUGUAAAACUCAAAUCCGGUAGUAAUCCAGAGACUCCGAGCAGCACAACAAGUUCCAUGCCCCGGAAUGCGUUUUCACCUGCUGAUAACAUUUCAAGCCAGUCGAGUUAUAAUCCACCAGAUAGCUGGAAAAGCCCGGCCUCCGAGUUAUCAUCCUUCGACAGCGAAAACCAGACGAGACGAACACCAGAUGAGAUAAAAAAUACAAUUCCUCUAUAUAAUUCCUAUGGCAGCAAAUCACCUUCACCUUAUGACUCGGAAAACACGAGCUACAGGGAAUAUACUUCUUGCUUAAGCAACUACAGCUCGUUUAUCAACUCGGGACCCAGUGAAACUGAGUUCAGCCACACGACCAACAAGCAGGCGGACAAUAAGAUUUCAAAUGUGUCGCAGCCCAUGAGCAAGAUGAGCCUUGAGGUCCGAACGAGAGGGACACGAGGUUACUCCAUGUCCGAGUCGAGUGAUCUUUCGGACAUAAUGAGUUUCCCUUCAGAUGUCUCGUUCGAGGUUAUGGACCCACAACCGGUUUCGGAUUCGUCCGGGAGCUCAACCUCCUCCCAAACCGCUGUGGAGGUCCUGAGCCGAAUGCGCCACCCGAACAUGGUCGUUCUCCUCGGCGCCUGCCCCGACUACGGCAGUCUCGUCUACGAGUACAUGGAAAACGGCAGCCUCGAGGACCGUCUCUACCGCAAAAAUGGGACCCCUCCCCUCCCUUGGCCCGCCCGUUUCCGAAUCGCUGCUGAGAUUGCCACAGCCCUCAACUUCCUCCACAAAACCCGACCCGAACCCCUCGUCCACCGCGACCUCAAGCCUGCAAACAUCCUUCUCGACCGAAACUUCGUCAGCAAGAUUAGCGACGUGGGCCUCUGCCGACUCGUCCCGGCCCCAGUUGCCGAUAGCAUAACUCAGUGCCACAUGACUGCAGCUGCCGGGACCUUCUGCUACAUCGACCCGGAGUAUCAGCAAACGGGCAUGCUCGGGACGAAAUCUGAUGUGUACUCGUUUGGGGUCAUGCUGCUGCAGAUCCUUACGGCCCGGCCAGCGAUGGGCCUCUCGCACCAUGUCGAGACCGCGAUCGAGUCGGGCCAGUUUGCGGAUGUGCUCGACCGGGCGGUUGGGGACUGGCCGGUCGAGGAGGCUCUUUCGCUGGCUAAGCUGGCUUUGAAAUGCUGUGAACUGAGGAGGAGGGAUAGGCCGGAUCUCGACUCGGUGAUCUUGACUGAGCUCGAGAGGCUGAGGGAUGUGGGAUUGGAAGUCUCGCGUGGGGUGAGCUUUUUCUAUGCACACUCGUCGCAGGGUGAUGGGAGCUCCAAGGACAGCUCGUCUUCGAGUCAGGCGAAUCAGGAGAGGUUUUACUACGUCAACUCAUCUUCGAGUCAGGUGAAACGAGAAGUUUCGUGUGCCAUUUUCAUUUCGUUUUUUUUCCUGGUUUUCAGUAGGAAUGUGAUGCUCUAG